AAUAGAAAGUAUAUGACUUCCUAGUGCAAACAUUGACGGACAUAACAUCGGGAGCCACGUCCAAGGCACCGCAAUCUUCGCCAAAAUGCGUCUUGUUUACAUAUUCUGCAUCUUGUCGGUCUGUCAUGUUAGUUUUUCUCAGCGAAUGCCGGAUGAAAGGAAUGUUCGAAAUCGCAAAAGAGGACGUUCCGGUCGGUUUAGAGGUCGUUUUUUCCUCCAGCCAGGCGAGGGAAACAAUUGGCAAAUGCAGUUCAAUAACUUGAACAGGGAUCGGUUUGGAAACAGGAAUCAUCCUCCGUGGGGACCUCGCAAACCAGGACCAGAAAACCUCACUGGGACGUCGCCAUUCGGGAUUUCCGAUUUAGCUGGUGCCGGGGCUGGUCCGGAUUUUGGCCCACAGCAGCGCCCUACAUUUUUCGGGAGCCCAGUGUCAGUGGUAUCUGAUGGUUUCUGUUACUAUUGUUGUCGCAUACCUUGGCGUAUGUAUACCUGGUGCGUACGCCGUUUUUGCAUCGGUGGAGGUCCGAAUUGUAGAGCUUUCGGAUAAUCAAUGUAGCAUCAAGCGCCACCUUUUGUUAAUCAUAACCAUGAAAUAUGACAGCUGCACUGGUUCUCUUGUUGAAUUAUCAUAUAAUUAAAUAGUCUAUAGUUUAAUUAUGUUUGUAAAGAUUGUAUUUAAUUUCAAAUAUAAUUAUGAAGUCUG